UUGUGGGGGUGGGGGACAGGCGUCAUUCCCUGGAACCAGCGGACUUCCUCUCGGCUAGUCUGGGUCACCGUGUCUGCCUGUCGCUGGCCCCAGGCUCGCUCUCUGGCCUCAGCCCUCUCUCACUCUCUCUCUCUCAGCAGCUGUCUCUCUCGUGCCCGCUGGCCUGUCUCCUUCCUCGCAGUCGCCUCCUUCUUUGCCUGCCUGGGUGGCCGCCAUGGGCCGGAAGCGGCUCAUCACUGACUCCUACCCUGUAGUGAAGAGGAGGGAGGGCCCCGCUGGGCACAGCAAGGGGGAGCUGGCGCCAGAGCUAGGGGAAGAGCCCCAGCCUCUGAGCGUGGAUGAAGCAGAGCUGGAGCUGCUGAGGCAGUUUGAUCUGGCCUGGCAAUACGGGCCCUGCACAGCCUCUGGCAUGUCUAUCCCCUUUGAGGCACCACCCAAGGCCUCCUGCCUGCGAUCCCAGGACCUCAGGACACAAGCGGGAGCCAGUUUGCUGCCCCCUUGGCUCAGUUCUGCCAUGAGAGUGUUUGGCUGUGAAGAGUGUGAAGAGGAAAGAGGCUGAAUCUGGAGGUCUCUGAGGCUCAGCCUUUCAUCUAACCAGCAGGCUCCUGGAGCCCCCUCUGGGAGCCAACACAGCUGAAGUUUGCACUUCCUACAUGGAGAGUGGUCUCUGAGGACCAGGACCUGACCAUGACCCUUCAGAUGCCUGCUACACACCUCCCUGACCUAAAUGCUGUGCUCUGGGGAAUAGCGUGGCAAAGGGGCACAGCCUUGGACAAAGCCAGACUCAGGCAGGUGUCUAAGAGGCAAAGACACACUCCCCACUUGAGGCUGGGAAUCCGAGGGCAGAACUGGCAAGGGGUUCAUUAAUGCUUAUCAAUAAAGAACAGAAUCUGGAAGCU